CCCCCCCCCCCCCCCAAACGGUCUCUUUGAGUGGCGGACGGCUUGUUAACUAUUGCCGAUUCCGCAAUAGUUCACCCAGCCGCCACCGCAUGCACAACCAAACGCAAUUUGUCGGCAGAUUCCCGGCCUUUCCAGUCUUUUGUUCACUGUAAUCUUUAGAGGUAUCGAAGGCUGUUGUAAUUUUCGCAUAUGAUCCUGUGUCGAUAAAUAAAGAUAUAGUGGUGAUCAUAUUUUCGUUUGGAAGCUGGCAUCAGCGUGGCCUUAGACCAAAAAUAUUAUCGCUUUACCUCUUUCUUAUAAAAUUGGAAUCAUGCCAAUCGCUGGGGAGCGAAAAUUGAUUUUACUAAAACCAGAAAGAAGACCCAUUUACAUUUUUCCCAGCGACAUGAGCAAAGCAGCAAUAUAUAGUCGUUUUUGGUAACCCAACCUAUUCUGCAAAAUGUUUUAUUAAAUUCAAGCAAAACAAUUUAAAAGACCAUCUGCUGACCUUGCUUUUUUGUUCUUUAACUCUAGACAUUCCACCCAAAUUAACAUUUUCUUUCCCCAAAGACCUUGUCAGUACACACCAACCGAUUAAGAUCUCGGUUGGCGUGUAUUCUUACGGCGAAAAGUGAAAAAAUUGCAACUCGAAUAACUUCUUAACGGUUAGAGAUAGAUUUUGUUCUUUUUUCCCGAUCAGGAGAAAAGCCGAUCUACAAAUCAUACACACUUGACAUGUUCGUAAUAGUUACCUCCACGUCUCUACACCCUAGCUCGUUUACCAAUUCAGUACACCUACUUUUUCCUCCAUAAGCGCAGUGUUAAAACCGAAUAUUUCUAAAAUCGAAAAAAAAAAUACUAAGGAAAUAGCUACAAAGAUUAUUUUGCACGAAAAGAUGCAAGUUCGUAUACCUGCCACACAGGGUAAGCCGGCAAGCUGCACUCGCGUUCGCGCUCAUGCGGAAUUUUGGUAACCUCCCAGGUUCUUUAAUUAUUCUUCUCUAGUGGCGUUUGGCUACCUGCCCUAGUAGACCUUGCUUGGACACCUGUAAAAAGUUGACUUGGUGAACCUUGUGCAUAACAAUGCGGCACGAAGUUGCUGCUGAUGAGAAUACACCGAAAAAAAAAGGUUGCGGCAUUACUUAUAUGGUAAACAUAUCUUGCUAACGAUCCAUGCAAGUAACGUAUAUGCAGUUAUUGUAAUUUUUAAAGCGAAAAGUCAUACAUGGAAAUCCAACUGGUUCCAACUUAUUAUUCCUAAUACGCUAUCAUUGUACAGGUUCUUUUUUAAGUGUAAGCGUCGUUCAUUGUAGCCGGUUAUGCAAAUAUGUUAGUAGGACCAAGUUCGUGGGAUUUUUAAAAUUAACUUAAUAUAUUAUAUUGUAUAUUGAGGAAAAUCUCAAACGACCUAUUAAAUCAAACGAUAAUUUAAAUAAAUAAAUUUCCCUUUCACACAAAUUAAAGAUGAACAUGUAAAGAGAGUAGUAUUUUAGAUAUUUGAAGUAAUUAAGUUGUUUUCACGUGUUUUUACUAACAUGGCAGAUGAUUGUGUACAUUCAGUCUGGGUUCAAUUUACAGUUUUUUUAUCUCCCACUUUACGUUUUGAACUACGUGAAGAUUCUCAUCAAAUUCUGCACAAAAGUACCGGUUCCUGAUUUACCAAGACAAAGACCAUAUAUGUAUAUAAAGAAAAAAUCCUUAAUAAAAAAAACUCGUACAUAUAAAUUCUUACGACCUUUAUGAACAAGUGAAAUUGUUCAUAAAAUACUUUUAGUCGAAAUGCAUGCAGCCUGUGCUCAUCAAAUUAAGGAAAUUCAAUAUUUUAUUUUGUCGUCUUUUUGUGGUCGGGAAGGAAGGAAAUCUAAUUAAUCUUACGACAUAUUAAACAGACAGUUUGAGACGUCAAAUAACGCGGAAAAAUAUUUCCAGUUUUCAGUGAAAUUUCAUAAACACAUACGAUUGACGCAGAUCUACAUGAAAAAAAAAACAAGCUGCUGAUUAGUGGUUGCUAAUUGACCAAAACAAAGUAGGCAAAAUAAUAAAAAAAAGUUUGAACCAAUAUUAUGCCGCUAAUUCAUUCAAUAAGAGCAAUAACAUAGAAAUAAGAACUUAAAAAGAAAUUAGAAGUAGGCAUUAAUAUUUAAUUUAUUUAAAAAUGUCCUAACAAAUUUAAAGAAGAAAUUUUUUUCACUAUUCUAUGCGAAAUUUACAAUAUUAAAUUAUCUCAAGAAAAUAUUUAUGAGGAUGAGGACAUCAGAAACAUCUAAAUUUUCGGACAAAAAACCAGUUUUUGUCCCCCCUCUUCCCCCUUUUGAGGAGGAGUGCCCUUUUUACUUGAAUGCACAAUUUUGCUGCAAAUACACUAAGAAACAAACAAAGUCUAUAAAGAUGCGACACUUACAAAUAAGAACCCCAUAUGGAGAAUGUAUUUACUGCUGUGGAGUUCUUUCAUUGUAUUUUUGUUUACCUGUAUCAGUGCUGUAGAAAACCGUGAAUAUGAACCAUUUUAUCCCAGCAAGUUACAACUACAAAUACCAACUUCCGAUUACUACACUUUAUUUCGCAUCUUAACUGCAUCUAAUCCUCAAUUAGGAGACAUCCUACAAAUGAAUUCUCAUAAAGGUUUUUAUACAUCUACUGUGCCAAUUGCGGUGUAUCCAACUAACUAUCGGCCAAUUAACGAAUAUUUUCUACACAACCAACAGGAUUCUGAAUUUCUAAAAAAAGUUCUGACAGAGAAAAUCUCUAACCUAUAUUCUUCUGGGAAGCCUUCCGUUCCUCCUGUUCCAAUUGCCAUUUACCUGAUCAAUCACCCAUCACUUACACCAGACUUCAUUUUUCAAGGUUCCCCAGGCCCACCUGACAACCCGGGUGAACCAGGCACCCCCAGCAUAGAUCUUCCAAAAUUUAUUGAAUUACUGCAAAAUUGUGGAAUAAAAGGAGAUAAAGGUGAUCCUGGGACAACUGGCUCAACUGGAGGUAAAGGAGAAAAAGGAGAUAAGGGAGAAAUCGGUAAAGUAGGAGAUAAAGGGACACCCGGUGAUGCCGGAAUGAAGGGGGAUAUUGGACCAAAGGGUGACAAGGGAGAAACCACAGUUGGAAUCCCCUGUGUUCUUGGACCUAAGGGGGAAAAGGGAGAUAUUGGUGCAACUGGAGAUAAAGGAGCACCUGGAAAAAACGGAAUCAAGGGUGAUAUUGGACAAAAAGGUGACAAGGGAACAAUUGGAUUUGGAAGUCCUGGUAUUAUUGGUCCCAAGGGAGAGAAAGGAGAUGCCGGCGAUAAGGGAAAAAUUGGAAUCGGAAUCCCUGGAGACCUUGGACCUAAGGGAGAGAAAGGAGAAGUAGGUAAAGCAGGGUACAACGGAACACCUGGCAAAGAAGGAAUUAAGGGGGAUAAUGGAACCAAAGGUGACAAGGGAGAACCCGGAGUCAAAGGAAAUGCUGUAAUUGGACCAAAAGGAGCAAAAGGAAAUAGCGGAAUCCCUUGCAUACUCGGACUUAAGGGGGAUAAAGGAGAUAGAGGGCAAGUUGGUAAUGAAGGAAUAAAGGGUGAUAUUGGCAAGAAAGGAGACAAGGGAAAUGGAAUUCCAGGUGCUGUCGGGCCUCAAGGAGAAAAGGGAAUUCGCGGAACCAUCGGAGCAACUGGAAAGGAUGGAAUGAAGGGCGAGAUAGGAAAAAAAGGAGACAAGGGAGAAAUUGGAAUGGGAACCCCUGGUGCUGUUGGAACUAAAGGAGAAAAAGGAAUUCGCGGAACCACUGGUACAAAAGGCGCAUCCGGUUUGAUUGGAAAGGAUGGAAUUAAGGGUGAUAUUGGACCAAAAGGAGACAAGGGAGAAAUUGGAGUUGGAAUUCCAGGUGCUGUCGGACCUAAAGGAGACAAGGGAAUCAACGGAACCAUCGGAGCAACUGGAAAGGAUGGAAUGAAGGGCGAGAUUGGAAAAAAAGGAGACAAGGGAGAAAUUGGAAUGGGAACCCCUGGUGCUGUUGGAUCUAAAGGAGAAAAGGGAAUUCGUGGAACCACUGGUACAAAAGGCGCAUCCGGUUCGAUUGGAAAGGAUGGAAUUAAGGGUGAUAUUGGACCAAAAGGAGACAAGGGAGAAAUUGGAGUUGGAAUUCCAGGUGCUGUCGGACCUAAAGGAGACAAGGGAAUCAACGGAACCAUCGGAGCAACUGGAAAGGAUGGAAUGAAGGGCGAGAUAGGAAAAAAAGGAGACAAGGGAGAAAUUGGAAUGGGAACCCCUGGUGCUGUUGGAUCUAAAGGAGAAAAGGGAAUUCGUGGUUUGUAA